AUGCAAAGCCGAAUGCCUAUAGCGACUGCCCCUCUUAUCCCUAUCAGCUUCUGCAUUCUACGCAAAGCCGUCCCCGAAGCACCUUCCCCAAUGGCUCUCCGCCGUUGGAUGCUCUCAAUUAACACAAUCAACGGUAAUGAUUGCAUCCACAACUGCUCCUCCUCAUUCCAACCUCCUUCCCAGCCGACCUCCUUCAGCCACCAUAUCUUCGCCAACACCAUCAUCGCCGCUGUCUGCGUGGUCGCCGCAGUGCUCUUCCUCGUCCUCACCUACUACACGGUCCUCGCUCGCCGGCGCCGCUCCGGCAACGUUGCCACCGCAGCCAACCUCCCCUCAGAGCAGGACGGUAUCGAGGCAGAUUACCCCUUUUGGCGCAUUCGAACCGUCGGACUCGAUGAGUCCACUAUCAACUCCAUUUCGGUGAAGCCGUACAUCAAUGGCGUCGGCAGCACCGCCGAUUGCUCCGUGUGUCUUGCCGAGUUUCGCGACGGCGAGCUCGUUCGCCUUCUUCCAGCAUGCGGUCACGCCUUCCACGUUCCCUGCAUCGAUACGUGGCUGCGGGCCCAUAUCAGUUGUCCUCUCUGCCGCGCACACGUCAUCGUCUCCUCCGAUUCGGGAAGUGAGGUUUUGGCCUCCAUGUAUCCAGAUGGUAAUGCUCUGAUUAGCGAUCGAAGGGUUUCGGGGAGCUCGGAAGAUAAUAGGGGAAGAGAAAUAGGAGUUGAUAAUGUUGCUGAUUCCUCUCUGGACGGCCCCGAGAAUUCCAUCCUUCGGGAUGGGAGUCAUUUGCCUGGAAAUAGGCUGCAGCGGCUGUGUCAGUCGAACUCAUUUCAUUCGCUGCCGGGACGUGACUUAUUUCUCAGUUUAGACAAAGAAGAGAUCUGUCAGGACGAGAAGAAGGAGCGGAAAUGCUAUUGUUCCGAUGAGGAAAAUGGUAAUGAGAAGAAGGGUAAACAGCGUUGCAGUCCUAAAGGGGAUUGCCUGCAAAAGUGUUUAGCAGAAAUUGAAGGAGGAUCUACUUCUGGGACUGGGAGAAUUCUCUUCUUCUCGAGAUGUGGGCGGGCUCGGAGCAGCUCUGUUCUUCCACUUUGAUACAGGAUUGGUAUUCUCUGCUGUUUCUCUGAUUAUGAAUAAUGAUGUUUUCUAGUGAUUAUUUGGAACGACGUCACACUACAAUUAUUUUGAUACAAUUGGCCCAAUCACAAAGCUUGAUAUAUAGUACUGUUCAGAUUACCUCUUACGUUUUUGGUUCAAUUUUUUGUAGCAGUUCAUGCGAAAGGCUGUCUUUAACCGAAUAUAUGACCAUUCCAUCACUCAUCAAGUUGCAAUUUGAUCAACAUUGUAAUAUUAAUACUUCAGCAAAAGAUUGGUAAUGUAG